AUGGACCCGUUAUCGCGAGAAGAGGACGCCUCCAAGUCAACCUCCUUCUAUCGGGGAUUCUAUGACGCACAGCAGCGGCGCCCGACAAAGAAUGUAGACCCCACAGUUGCUCAGGCAGUUGGUGGGGCCAUUUUUACGGCAUUACCAUUUGCAGUGGUAUUUUAUUUACUUAUGAGGCGACAAACAACGGUGACCUCCACUGCAUCUGGCGCAAAGCCUGGAAAGUUUAUGAACAAUGUGAUAGAAAUGGUAAAGAAACAAAUGAAUCCUUUGAGCGACAAAAACUUUCGAGUGGAGGUUAGGGACACAAAGUUCAAGGACGUGAUCGGGGUGCCUGAGGCACUGGAGGAGGUACGACAGUACGUGAAUUUCCUUAAAACACCAGAACGCUUCACACGACUGGGCGGUAGAUUGCCGAAGGGCUGCAUCCUCACUGGACAACCUGGGACAGGGAAGACACUACUGGCAAAGGCUGUUGCAGGGGAGGCGGGUGUCCCCUUCUUUGCAUGUAGUGGAGCAGACUUUAUUGAAGUGUAUGCCGGAUCGGGCCCGAAACGAGUGCGAGAAUUGUUUGCAGCUGCAAAACAUGAAGCUCCUUCGGUGAUUUUUGUUGAUGAAAUUGAUGCAGUGGGUUCACGCAGCAAUGGUCAGGGAACGUUGGGGUUAAGUUCUGAAGAGAAUCGUACAGUGAACCAGUUGCUUGCGGAGCUCGACGGCCUGCAGGCGAACGAGGCUGUCGUUGUGUUUGCCGCCACCAAUUUCCCGGAUAAUCUUGACAGGGCCCUCCUGCGUGAAGGCCGUUUUGACCGCAAGAUAGAGGUUCCAAUGCCGGAUCAACAAGCGAGGGAAGAUCUUUUUACACAUUAUCUCAAUCGCAUUGUUACAUCCGAUGCAACCGCCAAAGCCAAGAGACUUGCCCACCUUACACCUGGUGUAUCACCUGCGACGAUAUCCACCAUUGUGAAUGAAGCCGCUCUUGCGGCGGCUGUGGAGGGGCAUGAAAAAGUUACUGAACAAUCGCUUCUUCCCGCCAUUGAUGAUGUUCUUGUGGGCAAAAAACACCGUAGCCGAAUGUCGAAUGCGGCAGCUCGUCGUGUUGCACUCCACGAGAGUGGACACACGUUGAUUGCUUGGCUACUUCCAAGACAGUCUGAUGUCAUUAAGGUGUCAAUUACACCGAGAGGCCCAGCCGCGGGUUUCACGCAGCAGGUUGGGAAGGAAACCUUUGAUAUGCCCACUGAUGUGUCGCUCUUUACGGACAUUUGUGUUAUGCUUGCCGGUCGACUUGCAGAAACCACUCAGUACACCGAGCUCACAACUGGCGCCCAAGACGACUAUCAGCGCGCCACGAAGACAGCAAUACAGGCAUUUUUAGUCUUUGGCAUGUCGCAGCAUGUCGGACUACUUGCAUAUGAACCACAACAAUUAGACGCGGGGCGAAUGUACCAGAAGUACUCGGAGAAGAUCCAGGCCACUGCUGAAGAAGAGGCGGCACGAUUGGUUGGGACAGCCCAACACUACACAAAGAGUUUAAUAGCGGAACAUAAAGAGCUGCUGCAUCAGCUGGCCGCUGCACUUUUUACCAAGAAGGAGUUGCUGAAGGAAGACUUGGAAGCACUACUGGGACCUCGGGGCGUAGCGCGCUUGUCUCUGGAUGCUGAGGAGGCACUCAACACAUUUGUGCAAAAAUCAGAGGAACAUGGAACAACAGUGCGGGGAGCUCCUGAGUGA